AUGCAUAUCCGAUUCGAAUCAACACUUUACCUUGAUUGUCAUCUGUCCGGCGAAAAACUCGUGGUCGGCGUCAGGACCAAGUGUAGGUCGGAGAGGAAACUCAGAGCCAUCAAUGUCCUCCUGACCAUCGAGUGUGAUGAGUCGAGGUCUGAAAUCAACGAUGAUAUGGAUCUCCGAAUUCGAUUCACAACUCCAUUCGACGGAUUCCUGAUGCGACACGGCCGUCUCCGUCCCGAAAAUCAAGAGCAACCUUGGUGUCGGUUUGGUCAGUUGUGA